AUGGCAGUAGAAGGUGAUAUUAGGCACGUUGCAGUACUUGUAUGUGAUACGCCAAUUAGUGGGAUCACUGAGAAGUUUGGCGAUUUUGGUGAUAAUAUUAUUGAUUUAUUACUGAACGCUGGAAACUGUCAAUAUCCCAUCGUGAAAUAUCAGGUUGCAUUUGAUGCAAGUGAACAAGCUAGCUACCUAGAGGAUUUGAAGAAGGUGUAUGAGAGAUUGACAAAUCAGAUUAUUGGUGGUUUUGUUCAGGGUAUUAUUUUGAGUGGAUCUAGAAGUGAUUCAUUUGCACAAGAUAUUCCAUGGAUCGACAAGCUUAAUGAGUUUGUCAAAUAUGCGUUUGCUUUGGAAAGUCUUCCUAUAGUGGGAAUUUGCUUUGGUCACCAGAUAAUCGCAAAAAACUUAGGCUGCAAGGUUGGUAGAAAUUCGUCUGAAAACGGAUGGGAAUAUGGAACUACUACUAUUAGCUUGAACACAGAUAUUAUGGCCAUCAAGAACUCACCAUUUCUCAAUGUAUUGAAAACAGAUGAUAGUGGAACUGUUAUUGACCACUUAAAUGUGGUUGAAUUUCAUCAGGAUAUUGUUUAUGGUUUACCACCACCAGGUGUGUUGGAGAAGAAAAAAACCAAUGUUUUGUCGAUUGGUUCCUCCAACAAAUGUUCAAUACAGGGAUUAAUUACUGAGUCGGGCCCGUUAAAGAUAUUAACUUUUCAAGGCCAUCCAGAAUUUACUACUGAAGAGGCUAAAGGUUUCUUGAAAACGAGUUUUGAAAAGGGUUUACUUGACAAAAAGCUUUUUGAGAAAUGUAACUAUAAUACGAGCAUAUUAAACAAUCAAGGCUCUUUGCUUGGAAAAGUUAUUGGUAACUUCAUAACUUCAUUUAAUAAAUAG